CAUUUUCCUCAUGUAAGAAGUAAAAAACCUAGCCUAAUGAUAAAUUUCUCCCUCUUUCUUAUAUGUACCAGAGCGGCAGAAACCUACGACCAGGCCAAGAGAAUAAUUAUUUGUUCCUCUCAAUUCCACCUCCACCUGCAAAAUCCAAAUCAUGGCAUCAUCAUCCAAAUCCAAACAAGUGACGCUAUUGAGUUGCGACGGCGAGUCCUUCGAUGUUGAAGAGUGUGUGGCGAUGGAGUGUCUGACCAUCAAACACAUGAUUGAAGACGGCUGCGCCGAUUCCAGCAUCCCUGUCCAUAAUGUCACUGGCGCCACCCUUUCCAAAGUCAUCGACUAUUGUAACAAGCAUACCGACCCUUCCUUCACUCCCACCGAACUCAAGGCUUUUGACGCCGACUUCUACAAAGUUGAUCAGAAAAUGCUCUUUGAUAUCAUUUUGGCUGCAAACUAUCUGGACAACAAGAGUCUACUGGAGCUAGGGUGUAGGACAGUUGCUGAAUCGGUGAGAGGAUUGACAACAAGAGAGAUUCGCAAGCUAUACCGCAUCAGGAACGACUUCACUCCCGAAGAAGAGGCAAAGGUCCGAGAAGAAAAUGCCUGGUCUUUUGAUUAAUUAAGUCAUAUGCUUUUCUUUUCUUUUCUUUAUUAUAAUUAAUUAACCAUCAUCGUCAUCUAAAAAUCUAGAAUAUAUAUUAACACCGCAAACGCCGCUUGGUGCUAGCUACACCUUUUAUUUAUUAUUAUGUCACAUAUAUAUUGAACUAUGUAUUUAUGUCGUGGGUGUCUGUUUAUGUAUCCAUCAUCAUCUGAAUAUUAACAAAUCCCCAACGCUAUCUACCUUUUAUGUC